AUGGCAGAGACAGCGGAGGAGCCGGGAAAAGACAGUGGAAAGUUGGAGCAUCAUGUCAGGGAAGAUAGCGAGUAUGUUAGACUUGUUAUAUCCGACGAACCAAGGGUACCUGAAUUUGAUAUUUCACAACUUCAAUCAAGAGCGAGGGCUAGAGCUUUCAUUUGGUGGAUCAAAGCUUUAGUUUGGUGCGUUGUUAUCACCGUACUUCUUCUCGUUUUUUUGAAAUGGGGAGUUCCAUUUCUUUUUGAGAAGGUUCUCUUGCCAAUGAUGGAAUGGGAAGCAACUGCCUUUGGCCGUCCAGUCCUCGCCCUAGUGCUGACUGCUUCUCUUGCCUUGUUCCCAGUGUUCCUAAUUCCUUCAGGUCCUUCCAUGUGGUUGGCUGGAAUGAUCUUUGGUUAUGGUAUUGGGUUCGUGAUAAUCAUGGUUGGAACCACUAUUGGGAUGGUCCUACCCUAUUUGAUUGGACUAGUUUUCUGUGAACGCAUCCAUCAAUGGUUGAAGAGAUGGCCCCAGAAAGCUGCUAUGAUUAGACUUGCUGGGGAGGGGAGCUGGUUCCAUCAAUUUAAAGUGGUUGCUCUCUUUAGGGUUUCACCAUUUCCAUACACAAUUUUCAACUAUGCAAUAGUGAUAACAAGUAUGACAUUUUGGCCCUACUUAUGUGGUUCAGUUGCUGGAAUGGUACCAGAAGCUUUUAUCUACAUCUAUAGUGGUAGGUUAAUAAGGACAUUUGCUGAUGUGAAGUAUGGGAACUAUCACUUGACUACCGUGGAAAUAAUAUACAACAUCAUCUCCUUCAUUAUUGCAAUUGUUACUACUGUUGCCUUCACCGUUUAUGCGAAAAGAGCUUUGAAGGAGCUUGAAAGGGCAGAGGCUACUGAAGAAGUCCCCCCUCGCACCAAGAAAGUCAUGAGAUGGGAAAGCUUCCACUUGAAAGACCUAAGCAUGCGGGCUUGUCAUCUUUUUCAUUAUAGCCUGAAUACGUAG